AUGCACCCUCGGCAAUGGCUCUGCUCGAGAGCAUGCCACGACUCGUCCACUCUGCUGUCUGUCCUGUCGAGAUCCACCCUUGCUCCUGCUAGACACAGUCGCCUUUUGAGUACACAGGCCAAACAACCGCCAUCAUUACCCACACAUACUCUCGGCCUCUCGUGCGCACGCUUGACACCCCUGUCACGCCCCUCAUUACAUGCUUCGACUCAAUCCGCUAUAUCAUUGGCCUUACGACGCCCCUUUACUCAAUCCGCUCUUCUCGCAAAGUCUCAAGAGGCCGCUCGCUCAUACCGAGAUGAGAUCAAAACCCACCCAGAUCGCGAGGAUGAGGAUGCCAUGGAUGACCAAUCUUUCAAGCCCACGGACAAAGCAAGGAGUGCUGCUCAGCUAAAUCUGUCAGCAAAGCUGAGCAAAGACGGUACCGGAAAGACGGGUGGUCAGAAUGAGAUUUUGAGAUUGCUCAAGAUCGCUCGUCCUGAGCUCAAGGUCCUCUCCUGGGCCUUCCUCUUCCUGCUCAUUUCGUCCUCCAUCUCAAUGUCUUUGCCCUUUUCCAUUGGUAAGAUUCUGGAUGCUGCAACCAAACCCGCUGAAGACGGAGGCGCCGAUUUGCUCUUCGGCAUGACCAUGCCCGUAUUCUACAUCGCACUCGGUACUGUUCUGGGCAUUGGUGCUGCCGCCAACUAUGGUCGCAUCAUCAUCUUGCGUAUUGUCGGCGAACGUAUUGUUACCAAGUUGCGCUCUCAACUCUUCAGACGGACUUUCGUUCAGAACGCUGAGUUCUUCGAUGCAAAUCGAACAGGCGACUUGAUUUCACGUCUUGGUUCAGACACCAUCAUCGUUGGAAAGAGUAUUACACAAAAUGUAUCUGAUGGUCUAAGAUCUCUGGUUUCCGCCGUCGCUGGUUUUGGUCUCAUGGGCUAUGUCAGUCUCAAAUUGACUGGUAUUCUGGCUCUCAUGUUCCCACCUGUCGCCAUCGGAGCUUUCUUCUACGGUCGUACUAUUCGUACUCUGUCAAGACGUAUUCAGAAAAAUCUCGGAACUUUGACAAAGAUUGCAGAAGAGCGUCUAGGAAACGUUCGCACUUCGCAGGCUUUUGCUGGUGAGCAGCAGGAAGUCCAUCGCUACAACACCCAGGUCCGCAAGAUUUUCGACCUAGGCAAGAAGGAGGCUCUGAUCAGUGCUGUCUUCUUCAGUUCCUCUGGAUUCAUGGGCAACAUGACGUUCCUGGCCCUUUGUACUUCGGAGGUGGCAUGGUCAAGACUGGGGCUAUCAGUGUUGGUGACCUGA